CGCUGCUGAAAGAGAUUAAAAUAAAGUUGAAUAAAGAAGCCACCCUUCUUCGAAGAGUUUUCUUCCUCCUUAGAACUUCCUCUCAGACUAUAACAAGAAGACUACUUUGCUUUGAAGAGCUCCAACUCUCACCUCCAUCACAAAACCAGCCCAAGAAAACCUUUGUUUCUCAUCUGAUAUGAUUCUCUGAUUCAAAGCUUUUCUUUGCAGAUGGUCCAGAGAAAGGAUCCCAACAAGCUUGGAAUCCAAGCUGAUUCCAAGGAUGAUGUUAAAUCUGAUAAGUGGUCGUUGGCCCUUAAAUCAUCUGCUCAGUAUCAGGAUAUCCAAGACAAGGGUGGAACACAGUUGAAGAAGGAAAUGAAGAAGUCAAGAUCGAUCAAGCUCUUGGACUUGGAGAACUUGGAACAUACUCCUACAAGACGGGCAAAAUCACGGUUCGACAGACCACCUACCAGUGCAUCCACUGCUGUUGCCACUCCACAAAGGCCAUCCAAGUUCAACAAGCGAGAUCCCUCACCGAAUUAUAUGAAGCCUACAAGCAGUUCUGAUUCAAAGAAGGAUCUUUCACAGGUGAAUCCUCAUGGUUAUCUAGCUAGUUGUUCACGUAUGAGUCUGAGUCCUAGCCCAACUGGAAGAAAUUCCCAUUGCAAGAGCCCGAGCCCUAGUCCCAGUGGAAGGAAUUCCAGUCGAAUGGGCCCGAGUCCUUACCCAAAUGGAAGGAAUUCCAAUCAAGAGAGCCCGAUUCCUAAUCCUAGUGGAAGGAAUUCCCAUGGCACCAGCCUGAGUCCUAGCCCGAGUGGAAGGAAUUCCCAUCAGAAGAGCCCGAGUCCUAGCUCCAGUGGAAGGAAUUCCAGUAGAAUUAGCCUGAGUCCUAGUCCAAGUGGAAGGAAUUCCCAUGGCACCAGCCUGAGUCCUAGCCCGAGUGGAAGGAAAUCCAAUCGGAACAGCGUGAGUCCUAGUCGUGGAAGGAAUUCCCAUUGCCAGAGCCCAAGUGCUUGCCCAAGUGGAAGGAAUUCAAAUCAUAUGAGUCCCAGUCCAAACCCAAGCGGAAGGAAUUCCGCUCAGAACAGCCCCCGUCCCAGCCCAGACGGAAGGAAUUCCGAUUCUCUGAGUUCCAGUCCCAGCUUGAGGGGAAGUUAUUCCAAUACAAAGCCUUGCUCUGCUUCUGAUCACAAACCUGUAAAAACUUCAACAAAGACACAUAGUUUGAAACCAGUAAGGACUCUAACAAAGACACCUAGUCUCAAGGGAGGAGCAGAGUUGAAGAAGCAGAUUAAGAAGUCAAGAGCCAUCAAGCUCUUGGGUUUGGAGACCUUAGAAUCAUCUCCAAUGGAACAGACAAACUCCGGCUUUGAUGAAUCACCUGGCAUCAUAUCCAGUGCUGCUGUUACCCCAGGGAACCAAUACCUCAUGAGAACACCAGAUUUGUUGCCCAAUUAUAUGAAGCCCACAAGCAGUUCCGAUGCAAGGAAGGAGCAAUCACAGGUAAGCACCCAAGGUUCUCAAACUAGUCCUAGAAAGAGUCCAAAUGAAAGUAAUUUAAUUCGUAUAAAACCUUCAUCUGCUUCUGAUCACAAACCAGCAAGGACUCUAACAAGGACAUCUAGUUUGAAACCAGUAAGGACUUUAACAAAGACAUCUAGUUUGAAACUACAGAGGCCUUCAAUGAAUAUUGCUCCUUGUUCCAGCCUGAUCGCUGGUAGGGCUACUUGUUCAUCAACACUCAAGGAUUCAAAGUUCCCCACCUUUUUGACACUUAGUCCAGGUGCAACUGAAUCUGAAGGAACUUCAGCUAUGAAGGUCUGCCCCUACACUUACUGCUCUCUUAAUGGCCAUCAUCAUGCACCAUUGCCACUGCUGAAACCUUUCUUGUCAGCAAGAAGGUGCCUACUGAAGACACAGAAAAGCCUGAGAAUGAAAAAUCUAUCUCCUCUUCAAAAAUAUCCUCCUGGCAAAAGAAAAGGGGAAAUUGAUAUGAACAGGGUGGCCUUAAAUGAGGAUUCUACAGCACAAGCAGCAGAUUUGGCUUCCGCAGCAAUAUCACAUGUAAUAAAGGAAGAUUGCAUAGAUUUCUUUGUAGAAAUUUAUGCUAAACCAAGGGAAGACACUGCCACAUCAAUGGGAAGAAGCAUUUAUGAUGGUCAUGAUGAAGCAACUACCAAUUGUGCUGUAAAUUCCAAUAUUUCAGUUGGCAUCACAUCAUCAGUCAUAUAUGGCACCGAAAUAGAAACAGAAUAUGCUGGGAAGGUUCAUGAGAGCACGCCAAAUGAAUUAUCCUACUCUGACAAAGCCUUGAAGACAACAUUGACCAAAACAGCAACCUGGUACAGAAACAGGUAUAGAAUAUUGCAUUGGGAAGGAAUUGGAAGGAGAAAGCACUUGUUCAAGAGUCCAGCACUGCAGGAGGAGCUAGUCUCCAAGCCAGACGAAACUAUCAAUAAGGACUGUAAAGAAUUUCCACUGGAGGGACUUGCACAGGUCCAGGUCCACGCAGAAAAUGCUGAAAGUUUCACUCUGGAAUAUGGUUAUGAUGAUUCAGGGACAGAUGUUGAAGAUCAGAGUUCUGGGAGAGGCAUACCAAUUAAUUUCAGUGGUGAAAGGUCUGAUAUCUAUGACUUGUCAGAUCCGAGCUUAUUUUCCUCCACUGAAGUUGCAUGUAAGGAGCCAGCAACAAUUACAGAAGAGGCAGAUGGAGUUCCCAAGCCAGACGAGGCCUUCAACAGCAUGGUCUACUCAGCUUCUAUUGAGGAGCAAUUGGAUGAUCUCACAGCAUCCAGCUAUGAGAAGAAUGAAGUACCUGAAUCAGAAAACUUACUUCAGGAGCAUCAACUAAUUGGAGUUGAUGAGCUCAUUCCCAUCACUGAGGUAAUUGAUGGGAUCCUAGUGAAUGAACAGGAAAGCUCUCUCGCAUUUAGCAAUAAUCUUGUGGGUGUUGAUGUUGGAGGUGAUGCAGAAGGAAAAGAACAAGCUGAAGAUGCUGUGGAACUUGACGGCUACGGGGGAGAAUCGAGUCAUGCUGAGAACAGCAUUGGAGAAGAGACUAUGCUAGUUGAAGAUAAUAUGGAAUCAGAUGCAACAGAAAAAAUCAACAGUGAAGACAAUAUCACAAGCUCCAAAAAGAAUGAAAAAAUUGUCAACAGAGGAAAUGACUCCAACCAACUGCACAUGACCUCUGUUAAUUUGAAGAGAACAACUAGAUGCAGGAGGCCCAUCAACGAGCAGGAGGACGAGAGAAAAUUCAACCCCAAAGAGCCACAAUUUCUGGACAUUGAACCUGAACCUGAACCAGAAAAGGUUGAUCUAAGGCAUCAAAUGAUGGACGGAAGGAAAAAUGCAGAGGAAUGGAUGCUUGAUUAUGCACUUCAACAAGCAGUCACUCAACUUGCUCCAGCUCGCAAGCGGAGAGUGUCACUGCUGGUUGAAGCCUUUGAAGCAGUUAUACCAUCACCCAAAUGUGAAACCCGCCUGCCAAAUACCUCAACAGCUUUUGCUCAUGCAAGAUCCAUUCAAGCUUGUAACUAAUGGUGGCAAUUGAGGUGGUAACCUCAAGCAGCAGCUUAGGUUGAUAUAGUGGGAUCAAUAACUGCAAUUUCAGCACAGGGUCAGGGCUUAAAUCUUUACUAAUAAGCCAUGGGUGCAUAGAAGAACUGACUUUUUGUACACCAAUGACAUUAUGGAUGAGUGGAGAUACAACUGUACAUAUAGUACUGAAACUCCUCUUCAAGUCCAAGCUUAUUCGGAAGGAAUGUCCAACUCAUGUGGAAGUUAAAUUGUAGAUGGUGGUAGAACCAAUAGGGAUGGUAGAUGUUGUGUGUACUAAGAGGAAGUGUGUUAUUUUUCAUUCAAUAAAAAAAAAAAACAAAAAAAAUG